AAACUAUCUGUCUACAUGGCUGACACGAAGUACAUGUAUAGUACUCCGAAGGAAAUGGAGGAAGAAGAGGGGGAAAAGACGCUUACUUAUAUUAUGGAUUUCUAUGGGAGGGUCCCACGUCCAAACAUGAUUUUCUCCGUCAUUGGGGACUCGGACAAUUUGAUCCCAAAGCCGUGGCCAAAAUCUCGCUUUCAGCAAUCCUUGAUCUACGCAGCAAAGGCUGCUGGAGAGUGUUGGAUACUCAGCAAAGGAGAGCCCCUGACGGUCUCUAAAAUUAUCCGUGAGAUGAUGGAAGAGUACAUCUACCUAGAUAAGGCUGCCAGUAAAUCCCUCCGACUGAUCUCCGUCCCUUCUAGACCUGUUGAGGACACAAGUCUGUAUUUCGAUUUACCAGAGGCUCUAGAAGAUGAUGGAGACCGGGACAAAAAGAACCAGACACAUCAGUAUGACAGUAAUUUCAUAAAUCUCCCUGUCCCCUCAGAAGUUGAAGAUUACCUUGAGUUCAGAAUUAAACUGGAGGAAACUUUAGAGAGACCCACUGAUAAAGAGAGAAAUGCCCUAGUUGUAAUUCUAGUGGAGGGAGAUUUGUCAGUUGUGGAUCAUGUAAAACUAGCCAUUGGGAAUGGAAUACCAGUCUUGUUUGUCAAAGGAACAGGCGGGUUGGCGGAUCUAAUGUCCAUUUCUAUACAACAGCCGAAAGAUGCAAGCGCUUUAGAAUUAAGGACACUGCUCCCAACUCUAUUUGGGAUUCAACUUGGUGACAAAGAGAUUGAGGAACUGGAAGCUAGUUUGAACGCUAUUUUAGAAAGACCUUACCUAGUUGGUGUUUUCGACCUUCUUGAAAAGAAUGAAGAAGAGUUUGCCUCCACUGUAGGGGAGCUGGUACAGAAAUCAUGGCUUCUAGAAAACGCAGAAUCCUCGAAACAGCAUAAGAACAAAGCACAACAAGCCAGAGAUAUGAAGAACAAAGCAGAGAGCCGUAUCAGUUCUUAUGCAUUGGAAGAGAAUUGGCAAAGGGAGGAAAAAACCUGGCACAUGUCCAAAAAACAUGAAACCCUUGGCUUUACAACCUUCUCGUCACCAUUUUCACUUCCGCUGGACCUGUUCUUCAGAUUCUCUAAGUUUCUAGAACUAAAGAGGGAAAAUCCUUCCUCAGAGAAGGUGUUGAUUGAGGCACAGGACCUGUUAAAGACUGCUCUACUUACAAACAGAACAGACUACGUAAACGCCCUUCUGGACUUGAACCUUCCAAUAUCGGAACAUGCUGCAGCCAUGCUAAUUGACAAUCUCUACAAGAAUACACUGUCUGCAGACAUUUCAGAAAAGAGUGAUUCGUCAGGCAUGAGCUGGGUUUUAAUGGAAAUGGAGAAAGGGAAAGAAAAACUAGCAAAGCAUCUUUUUGAAGGUGAAACAGAUUGCCACAAAAUUGCUCAGAAAAUGUGUAAAAGACUUCUGAAUUACAAGAAAACUGAGGAUCCUAGAUUAUUUACAAACUGUAGGACUCAGAGAAGAAAAGAAUAUCUGCAUCGACAAAACCUCCUACAAGCAGUUCUUCUGUGGUCAUUAUUGACUCGUAGGACGGACAUCGCUACCCUGGUCUGGCGGAGAGUAGCCAAUCAACUCUAUACUGGACUUGUAAGUGCAUUAAUUCUCCAAAAGAUGUCCUCCAUAGCCAAACUGAAGGAUAAGAAGCUAUCAGUUAAGCUAAAGGAACAGUCAAAAGUUUUUAGAAGCCGGGUUUUAAGCAUGAUGGACGAUCUUUAUCAGACAGACGAAGUACUUGCUUUUGAAAUUUUGGACGAAUUAGACACAGUCUGGACUAUCCAAGCAAAACCUCAAUCGUUUGCAUAUGAAUCUAAGAUGUAUGAUAUUAUUGCCCAUCCGUGUUCAGUUGGUCUCUUGGACAAGAUUUGGUAUAAUGGUCUUAUUCCAAGCGGGAAGAGAUUUUGCGCAGAUUUUUUGAAACAACCUUAUGUCUCAGGAGGUGCCCCUUGUUUCCAUUUUGCUCUACAUUACUUUUUCUUUGGGAUUAUCCUCCUGAUGUACAGCUAUGUCGUACUGACCCCCCUGAAGAGAUAUGAGGACAUGUCUUGGGUUCUUCUACUGUUUGAAUUCAGCCUCUACAUCUGGACAGGCUUAGAUUUCUUCAAUGACAUAAUUGGCAUUAUAGGCGUGUUUUGGAGAAGAACAGAAACAAGGAGGAAAGGCAGAUACAGAUUUCUUUCUUCAUUAAAUGACAUGUGGAAGCUUUUGGGACUCGUUUGUGCCAUUCUUGUUGUUAGUACUGUAAUGUCAAGACGCAAACCAACCAAGACUUUCAGAAUGGCGAAUCGCUGGUGUGCCCUUUUACUGCUCUUCUCGUACCUUCGGUACAUGCGUGUUUUUGUCAUUCACAAGUACACGGGAAUCACCUUCCUUUUUCUAAAACAUAUGCUGCUAAAUCUGGUGCAGUUCUUAAUUACGAUUGCAUUCUUUGUGCUGGGGGUAGGAAUUUUUAUUGAGGCUAUGAUCCACCGGAACCAACCAGAUUUGUUUCCUGGGAAAUGGUACGACUGGCGAAUCUGGCGUAUCAUUUACUAUCCCUUCUACCAGUAUUAUGGAGAAACGUUUGAUGAUGCACUUGGAAUAGAGAAAAGCAAUGAAGAAGUGGAUUGGAGUGUUAAAGCAUUAGCAGCAAUACACAUGAUGGUUGGGAAUCUCCUCAUCGUUAAUGUUAUUGUCGCCCUUUUUACGACAACUUAUGAAAAAGUUCUGAAGAAAUCUGGACUUAUUUGGCAAUAUGAAAGGUACCACGUGAUUAAGGACUUCAGGCGCAGGACACUGGCAAACCUUGACUACGUCAUUCCGUGGCGCUUAAUUCAAUUUUGCAAAAGAAAACGUAAAGAUUCUUAUGUGCAAAAGGAAUUGGUACGUACUCGUGAACGCCAGAUUCUACAAUACAUCAUGGCGGGGAGAUCCCUAGAGAAAUAAAGAAAAGACUCAACACAAUUUAUCUAAGGAAUCUUUUUAUUCUUUUCCAAAAACUUUUUUUCCAUUUCUUUUUAUUAUUGAAGUUUAUUUUUCUGUAAGAUUGUAUUUUUUUUUAUUGCUUAGAGUGUAAUGAUAGGAUGAUUUUUUAUUUUCAAGUCAUUUUUAAAAGGGUUUAGACACAGAUUUGAAGUCAAUAUUUUCUCAAGUUUUCUGCAUAAUAUCAUGACUUAUAGAAUUUCACAUGAAAAGAUUAUAAAAGUGUGUUCAGAAACUUAUUAUAUCUUUAAAUUAUUGAAAGUACGAGUUUCGAGACGAAUUUGAUUGACAUGACCUUUUACUUUCACACAGAAAACUUUACUCUUAAUACAUGUACUUAAGAAAAGUA